GUUUUUAUCACCGAAUACGAUUUUUAAUUCCAAAAUAUUUUUGAUAAUAAAUGUCACGCUAUUGCGUUUAACCUUUGAAAAUUGAAACGAUUUCUGUCGUCGUUAUUAAAUCGCUAUCGCCCUCAGCGUCCGAAACUCAAUCGAAAUCCGUACAUCGUCUGUAAAUCACAAUUGUCGUCCGUACGAGUGAAAUUCUAUCGUAAAUUUGAAAUAACAUCGGAUACGUGGACGUAUACAAGUUCAAGUCAUUUUCACUCCGAUAGCGCCAUAAGUAAGCACGACAAGUUUUCAAUUAUGUAUGUGUUUGUCUCUGGAGGCACACCGAAAAUAAAUUGGUUGAUAAACACAGAUGGGUGAUAGUAAUAAUAGCUCCCCUGCUACUGCUACUUCAAGUGCUGAUCGACUUGACAGCUUUCAUCCCAAAUGUAAUGAUUUAAAAUAUCAGUAUGAUCAAUGUUUUAAUGUCUGGUUUACCGAACAUUAUAUGAAUGGUCAUUAUAACAAUCAAGAGUGUCAAAAAGUAUUUGAAUUGUACACUGAAUGUGUAAAACAUGGUAUGAAAGAAUACGGAAUACAAUACGAACAAACAUCUUUGAAUUUGGAAAUACCAAAAGAUAAGUCUACAUUUGCAGAUACAAAGCAGUCAAAGUAGAAUCAUGGAUAACAAUGAUAAUAUGAAAAUUAGUAAUUCAUCUGAAUCGGACAACCAACAACACUUAGAUGAAUUGGAAAUUUCACUAGAUAUAGAAAUAGAAAUAUUAGAGAAAAA